UUGCUACCAAUCAACAGUUCAAUGUGAAGGUGUCACUAUUAAUAAUGACUAACAAUGGAGACAUAGAGACACUGCAAGAAGAACUUAAACAACAAACAGAUACUAGAGAUGAAUUGAAAAGGAACAUAUCAGAACUUGAGCAGCAAAUAGAACUGACUGGAACAGAGAAGGAUAAAGCAAUCAAUGGUAGUGUGUGGUACAGGAGGUACUUGUAUCAGAAGUCACAAAUUAACGGAAUAAAUAAAGAAAUAAACAAAAUAAAACAACAAGACACAGCAUUGAAAAGAACCAAUGGAUCUACUGAUGAUAUAUUGAGUGAUGAGUUACAACAAAUUCAACAAAACAGACAAAUAGAAAUAGACUUGAGACAGACCCUACAGAGACUGGUACAUGACAGGACAUUACUGGAAUGGGAACUGUACACUGAGGAAUGGAGACUCAAUAAAGAAUCUAAAGAUCUACAAAAGACUAACGACAUCAUAACAGAAACUGUUACUAGACUGAAUGAUACAUCAAUAAGACUCAGUGUAACUCCGCCCACUCCUCAUUUAUCAAUUAAAGAUAAUGAAAGAAUAAGAACUAAUGAAAAAGUUGAAGAAAUGAAAAGUGACAAUAACUAGUUAAUUAACUAUUAAUUAACUAUUAAUUGAUUAUUAAUUAAUGACGUAUACCCAUGGCUUGUUCCAAUUGAUGUCUCUGCUGAGCAAUCUACA